CCUGGCUGCCUGCCACCCGUGACAGUUGAUGUUACGCCCUGGUGUGUAUGUUGAUCAGAGACGAGAGUUACGACGAUCUCAAUCAAAAUAUUUCUGAAGUUCAAGAAGAAACCUGUAGUUUCAAGUCUUGCAAUGACACAGUCUUGCAAUGACACACAGCCACAGAACUGCUGUCAAAUUUCAUUCGUUGGAUGGUUGAAGCUCACACAAAAGGGAUCACCAUGUUCUUAGCGUUCAUGUUAACAAUAUGUUCAGUUUCUGUUAUUUGUGGAGUUGCUAGUACUGCAUCACCAUCGUGUCCCAAGGAUGAAUACAGAGUGGGAAUUGAAUGUUGCCCUGCAUGUCCAGCUGGAAAGCAAGUUUCUAAGGAUUGUGAAGAGAGAAGCAUGACAAAGUGCAAAAAUUGCUCCGAUGGUACUUUCCAAAAAGGCCCUAAUGUGAAGAAGCAGUGCUCUAACUGUACAAAGUGUGAUGCAGGUCUCGGCCUGAAGGUGAAGAAGUCGUGUUCAUCAACAUCAGAUGCUGUGUGUGAGGUCCUGGAUGGAUUCUUCUGUAGUGACUCUAACGGAGGUGGAUGUAGGGUCGUUCAGAGACACACGGUUUGCAGUCCUGGACAAUACAUCGGUCAAAGAGGAACAGCAGAUAAAGACACAGAGUGCCUUCCAUGUGCUAAUGGUACUUUCUCAAAUGGCACAUCAUCAUGCCAACCCCACACGAUAUGUGAUUCUGUGGGAGGGGUGCAGAUACAACCAGGAACUGAUUCCACUGAUUCUACAUGUCUUAAAUAUGUGGCAAUAGCGUUCAUAAUAAUAGGAUGCAUAUGUUUCAUCAUUUCGUUAGUCCUGGGAGCAUUGUUUUAUAGAUGGCUGAAAAUAGAAAGGGAUUUAACUGAAUUGGAAAAACAAAUAGAUGAGAUGGAAACACCGGAACAGAGGUCGGAGUGUAACGCAUUGUGGGAACGACUUAAUAAGAAAAAGAAAACACAGAAACAGAAGAUGAAGCUUGAUGGUGGAGCUGCUGGAGAAGGGACAUCUGGUCCCUCAUCCACACCUCUCCUCUCUCCGGAGCUUCCUGCAGGUCUAGAGACAUCCAUCCCUCCAGCUCCCUCCAGUGAAACACAGCCUGCAGGUCUAGAGACAUCCAUCCCUCCAGCUCCCUCCAGUGAAACACAGCCUGCAGGUCUAGAGACAUCCAUCCCUCCAGCUCCCUCCAGUGAAACACAGCCUGCAGGUCUAGAGACAUCCAUCCCUCCAGCUCCCUCCAGUGAAACACAGCCUGCAGGUCUAGAGACAUCCAUCCCUCCAGCUCCCUCCAGUGAAACACAGCCUGCAGGUCUAGAGACAUCCAUCCCUCCAGCUCCCUCCAGUGAAACACAGCCUGCUGAAGAAACUACACCACUAAUGUCCAGUGAAUCUCCUGCACCCACCGGGGACCAACAAGAACAUACUUCAAGAAAAAGUACCCCUGAUGUAACUAUGGAUGGUCAUGAUGAUGACCAGAGUCUGGAUGCCCUCGCCUACCGGUCUGGUACUGGACAGCUAGACAUUGAGAUGGGUCCAGUCCAAACACUGCCCAAAGAUCGUAACAGGAUUCUUUAAUAUCGCUGUUAGACCCAAGUUUCCCAUCGACCGUGAUUCACUAUUGAAGGGGAAUGACAUUACAGGAGACGGAGUAACGCAGUUCUAGAAAUUCGGGAUCAACAUGAAAGUGAAUCUGAUGGUUCAAACUCAGAAACUAGGGGAGGAAAUACACCAGUCUGAUUCCUUCCUGAUGCCAGCUUUCACAGGAGAAGAGGCGUGAUGUGUUUAACAUCAUUAUUUGAUCAAUCCUCACAUUAAUCUUCUAUAUGUGGCUCACAGAGCAAAGAGAAGUGAGGUGUUAAUAAAUAGUGUGAGCUGUGCUCUGUGAGGCGUCCUGGGAUAUGAUGGGUAACGUUGGCUUGGGUCCAAGCUCCACCUCUCUUGGGCGACCGCCGAGUAAGAUGUACAGAGAAUGAUGAUAUGGAGAUUACAAUUUUUUUACAUUAUUCUUACCAUUUGAUUAAAAUGUUUUAAAGUUCAAAAGCUUUAUUCAAGAUUUUAUUAUGAGAAAGUCACGUGACACUAAAGUCACCCUCACAGUCAACAUGUGAGAGUGCACGUCAGUGAGAGACAUGAAGUGCAUACUUCUUGAGUCACCGAGCGGUUAGGGGACGACUCAGAACUCAAUGCAUUAUGUUUGGACACGAGUCGUGCCCUAGCGGCAAAUGGCCGCUGAGUGCAGUGUGGGGCUCCUACCACUAGGGGGUGGUAGAAUUCCCAUGGGCCCCCCUCUGCCUUGGGUCCCCCAAGCCUGUCCACCUUACACCCCCAGUCCGUCGGCCCUGCGAGCCGCAACUCAUUUAAAAUGCGUUUCGAUUGAGUUUUCCCGUUCAGUGGGUCUACCCUAAGAGACUUUUCUCCCCUAUCACAUACGGCCACUAGGUGGCUCCUGGUCACGCUGAAAAAACAAUGAAUUUAUUAACGUUGCACAUUCAGUCGGAUUUCUUUCUUGUAAAAUAUUGCAUUUAUUGUUAGUUUUUGUUUCUUUUUUGUCUCUUCCCAAAUAUUUCAGAACUUCAACAUGAAAAUGAUGGCAGCCAAAAUAUAGUGUGGACCAUAUAUAUUUUGAAUGAAAGCAUGUCAAAAAAAUAAACCUUAUUUUGCAUUGAAUAACUUGCACUGAAACACAGCUGCACAACUUUGCUGCCAUCACAAUCGGUCAAACUGUUAUAGUUAAAGGUCAUACAAAUUGGACAUUUAUUUACUUACUUUUAUUAUAUAUUUAUUUCACUGACAUUUGCUAUUGUGUCAUUCUGUUCAGCUACAGUGGUGAGUGUCGACACAAAUAUAUACCGGUUACAGGUUGUUAAGAUACAUAAGCACGAAUUAAGUGGUGAAUUAUUCUAAAUACUAUAUGUUCUUUAAUCUGUAAAUAAAGAGGUUUUACACUGCAGUAAGUGCAUGAAACAGUAGAUGAAAACUUACUACAGCCCUGCUGAAAUGAUGGCGCCAAGGCCAGGGGAGACGGGAUGAGUCACGGCGGACGUUUAACGUAGGGUUAGAAUAAGUUCCCGCUCCCCCUCGACAAAGAAUAUCAAUGCAAUAUUCCAUAUGUACUAUUAGAUUCAUACCAAUGUUAUUGGUGAACUUGUUUAUUCUUUUCUUACUGUGUUGAUUUACAAGUCUAUCUCUUAGCAAACCAACAGGUUAAUAUAAUACAUUAGCAAUGCAAUUUAUAGCAUUGCAUAAUGUUGAGAACCAGUUGAGGCUAGCCUCUGGACCAGUUGAGAACCAGUUGAGGCCAGCCUCUGGACCAGUCAUGAUGCUCAUGUAUAGAAAGGGUUGAUGUCCCUGAGAGUUAUUGGUGAUACCACUGUUCCACCUUCCGGUCCCCGAGUCGUCCUCCAGAGCGGCUCUGCAUGUCUGCUGGUCUGUCUAGCAUCCAGCGCCCGGGCCGUCCCCUGGGGUCUCCUGCUCCCUCCCUUGCCGUCCCCUGGGGUCUCCUGCUCCUUCCCGGGCCGUCCCCUGGGGUCUCCUGCUCCUUCCCGGGCCGUCCCCUGGGGUCUCCUGCUCCUUCCCUAAGGUUCCCGGCUGGUCUAUCCGGCUAUCAGCCCACCUGCCCCUGAAUCUCUCCUCCAGACCACCUCCACCCACCCUGCUCGGUUCUCCUGACAGACCUGGUGGGACGUCUGGAUCUGGGCCUUAAGGUCCUGGUCUCACUUUGUCUCUCUGUUGUUUAGUGUUCGUUCUCUCCCUGUCCACCAGAUGCCCUUUGACUUCUCCAAUCCCUUCAUUCCCCUUCCCCUGUGCCUUCUUGUCAAUCUUCCCGCCUGCACCUCAUUCCCUCAUCAGUCUCUCCCACUAUAUCCAGGUUCACUUCCUUUGUUCCCGUGUCAGUUUGUUGUUUUUGGUCAAGUCCCUUAUCCCUCGUGGGUCUUCAAUCGUCGUGUUUUUCUGCCUGUUCAUGGAACAGAGACAUUGAGUUUCUUUAUUAAAGGCCUUUUUUGUAA